CAUGAUCCUUCGCUUACACGUCUUUUACCUUAAAGCCAAAGCAAACCAUAAUAUGUCCAAUAACUUGUAAGACUAUCUUUCUUAUGUCUGCGCCUAAGCUCUAUUAUAAAGUCUCUUCACAACUCAACGAUUAUAGCAAUUCUUAAUUUUCCAUUUCAAGAUCUCUGACAUGUCUGUGAAGAGACAGGCUUCAGAGAGAAAGAACAAUGGAAGCAACAAGUCGAGUUAUUAUCGAUGCUUGUCAUUCUCGUUCAUGGAGUCAUCAACGGAUGGGAAGAAGAAACCAUCAUCUUUGAGUCGUAUGGAUUCUAAAAAGCUGAAGGAAGGUAUUGUGAAGUGGGCAAAGCGUGUUGCGGCUUACGCUCGUCAACUUAGCUCAAGAAAACGUAAUUAAGACGGAAGAUGAAAGCUUUUUGGAAGAUUGAUCAUGUUCUUGUUGAAGUCAACUACUUUCUUUUUUUUUGUCCUUUUGUAGAUAAGCAAGUUUUAUUCAAAUAAUAUUUCAAGUCGGUUCGUGAAAGGAGAAAGUUGAUGUGAUGAUGUUACUGAGACUUGUUGAUCCCAUCCCACAAAAGGCUUAACUCUAUUGGGAAAAACAAAA